AUGUUUCCUCCCGAAUACCCAUUUGCGCCUCCUGCUAUCCGCAUGCACACUCCAAGCGGUCGGUUUCAACCGUCAUCUCGGCUUUGCCUAAGCAUAAGCGAUUUCCAUCCAAAGUCAUUCAAUCCGGCUUGGGAAGUUUCGACCAUUCUCAUCGGACUCCUCUCGUUCAUGACCAGCGAAGAAAUGACCACAGGAAGUGUAAGUGCGUCAGAAGCAGAAAGGCGGGUUCUUUCUGCGCGGUCUAGAUGGUGGAACUCCACAGGCGGGGGCACCCAUAUCACCUCUACACCCGGGGUAACACCCACUUCCAGGGGCAUCAAUAAUGUAAAAGCAGGCGAUGGGGGUUUGAAGUUCCGUGCGGAGUGGCCAGAACUGGACCAGGAAAACUGGAAAUGGUUGAAAGAGAAUCGCAUUGAUACUGCGACUGGACAAUUGAGGCCUGACCCGAAUGCUGGAUCGAGCAGAUGCUCUCCAGAAACGAGUGCGCUCCGGAGACGUCCCAACGGCAGUGGCCCCGGCCUCGGGGUUGUAAUGGAUGGUGGCAAUGCUGCACGAGAGGUCGGCCAAACUUGGAUUCAGCGCAACAAAGUCUGGGUCGGCCUCGCGGUCUUUAUUUGCUAUUAUUUGUUGCCCUUUAUCAUGGGUUGGUUUUGGGCAGAUUCGCAGCCGCAACCAUUGGGGCGCACUCACCCAGCGUCAUCUGAUGCGGCGCCUCCGCCAGGGUGUCCCAUGCAUGCGCCUGACUCUACCCCUAAGCCUCCAACUGCCGUUCCCCAAACUUCGAGUGCCUGUCCGGUCCGACCCUCAGAUUCGCCUUUUUUCGUUGCCCCAAAGUCUACAUCCUCCCCUCAACCAGCUCCUGCAACAGAGACAAGGCAGUCAACGCUGUCAAAACUUAACCCUUUAAACUAUAUGUUUGCGUCACUCUCGCAAGAGCGCGCGCCAAACCAGACUGUGGACUUAGGCGUGGAUCGCGAGGUCUCUUCCAUACCUAGAGGAGACUCGGAUGGCAACUGGGAGUAUCCCUCCCCGCAGCAGAUGUACAAUGCGAUGUUGCGAAAAGGCUAUACAGAUACGCCUCAGGAUGCCGUGGAAGCUAUGGUUGCGGUCCACAACUUUUUGAAUGAAGGCGCCUGGAAUGAAAUUGUGGAUUGGGAACGUAUUUUUUCCAAAGGCCUGGCAAAUGGAUGGGAGAAGUGUCGCCGAGGGGAGGAAAAUAUCACUUUAGAGCUGGCUAAGGAAGAGUACUACGGGACUCCAAAUUCAACUCCACCCCGUCUUGUGAAGUUCCAGGGUCGGCCACAGGAGCUUACGCCGAAAGCCCAGAUUCUCCAGGCUCUGGGCCGGCUGUAUCCCGCUAAAUUUGGGACUCCACCCCCGUUUGACCGGCAUGACUGGUACGUGAUGCGCGAAACAUCGUUAGGCCCUAGAGAAGUCCGCUAUGUGAUCGAUUAUUACUCAGGGCCUCCAGAACCGACUGGAGAGCCUGUAUUCUACCUUGAUAUUCGACCAGCCCUGGAUUCGCCCACCGCCGCUGUUGAACGAUUAAUGAGAUGGGGCGGAGACGUUUGGUGGCGCGCCAGCGGGGGCGUCGUUCGAAACAACAACGGGAAUUGA